UUUCAGCCGCUCAGACUUUCAGCUAGUAUCUCCAUAAAGCUAGAUGAUUAUUUACUUCCCAUGUCUUGACUUGGUAAAUAUCUGUAGUAGAAGGAGGGCUUGACUGAAUUGAAUAGUGGGAUUUUGUAGUGUUUUACUUGUGAUUUUCUGUCACAUUCAUGACAAGAACUAUGAGUAAUAAAUAAUCUAAUUAGAUUAACUUCGCUUUAUUUCAAAGAAAUUAAUGGACUAUGAGAUAAUUUUGAAUACUGUUAGUUUUGAUUAUUCAACGUCUCUAGGUUGAUCUUUAUUGUCCUGUUUAGGUGACGACUGAGAAAGGAGCACAAUAGAAAAUAUUUCUUAAUCAAAGAUUUGUCAUUAUGUUCAUUAUCAUUUUUCCAAUGCUUAGUCAUUCUUUGUCAUCUUCUUAGAGACAUACAAAUACGUGUUUUGAAACAAAUUUAUGUCUCCACUAAAUAACCAUUGGUGUUUUUAGCCAUGUUUUCAUGUACAUCUUUUUCACUGAUCACUAGCCACCCGUUUUUUGUACGUUCCUUAUCAGAUUUAUUCUAUUAGUUAGGGUUUAUUAAGGAGAUUAUUAGUUUUAGCAAAGUACAAGACCAACAUCAAUGGAAAACUUGUGCAUUCUUUUCGUUCUGUUGUUAUGGGUUGGAUCAGGGAUUGCAGCCUCUCACUUCACUGUUAACUAUAUUCCAGGGUUUCAAGGGCCACUUCCCUUUGAACUUCAAACUGGAUAUGUUGGUGUCGAUGAAUCAGAAGACGUACAGCUCUUCUACUACUUCAUUAAGUCACAGGGGAAUCCUAAAGAAGACCCUCUCUUGCUUUGGCUAACCGGUGGCCCUGGCUGCUCUGCCUUGUCUGGUCUUCUUUAUGAAAUUGGUCCAAUCACUUUUGAGGUGGUGGAGUACAAUGGGAGCUUGCCUACAUUGGUCCUGAAUCCACAUUCAUGGACGCAGGUGGCCAGCAUAAUAUUCGUAGAUAUGCCUGUUGGCACUGGAUUUUCCUAUGCAAGAACCCAACUUGCUUCUCAUUCAACUGACUUGAUUCAAGUUCGCCAAGCAGAUCAAUUUCUUAGAAAGUGGCUAAUGGAUCAUCCAGAAUUCCUCUCGAACCCAGUCUAUAUCGCAGGGGACUCCUACUCUGGGAUUACCAUUCCAGCUAUAACUCAAAAAGUCUCAGAUGGGAACGAAGAGGGUAUGGAUCCACCAAUAAAUGUGAAGGGAUAUAUUAUAGGGAAUGGUGGUGCAGAUAUAAGUUUUGAUGCCAACUCAAAGAUCCCAUUUGCUCAUGGAAUGGGUCUUAUUUCUGAUGAACUCUAUGAGUCAUUAAAGAGAAGUUGUGGAGAAGAAUAUGUGAAUAUAGACCCCAACAAUACCGUGUGCUUGAAACACAUGCAGGAUUUUAACGAGGGUCUUUAUGGGCUCUUUCCUAAUCACAUCUUGGAACCCAUUUGUGGUUUUGCUUCUCCAAAGCCAUUUCAGAUACUUGAUAAAAGAUCUCUCAGCGACAACUCUCACGACAUCCUUGAAAUCGAUCCAUUUUUUCCGACAAUUGGCUGUCGUAGUUAUGCAUACCUGCUUUCUUAUAUUUGGGCCGGUGACAACAGUGUUCGUGAAGCACUUCAUAUACGAGAGGGAAGCAUAAAGCAAUGGCAGCGAUGCAACUAUGGAAUACCUUAUACUUCUGACAUUCCAAGCAGUAUCAAGUAUCAUUUAUACCUUAGCAAGAAAGGCUACCGCUCAUUAAUCUAUAGUGGCGAUCAUGACAUGGUUGUGCCAUUCUUGGGAACUCAAGCAUGGAUAAGAUCUUUAAACUAUUCAAUUCUUGAUGAUUGGAGACCGUGGCUUGUUGAAGGCCAAGUUGCAGGGUAUACAAGGACUUACUCCAAUCGGAUGACAUUUGCAACUGUGAAGGGUGCGGGGCACACAGCUCCAGAAUACAAGCCUGAAGAAUGUUUAGCCAUGCUCAAAAGGUGGAUAAAUCAGGAGCCUUUGUAAUUAUGUGCAUCAAAAGCCCUAAUAUAGAAAAUGCUAAUUGACGACCAAUUAGUUAUAUUAUACACCUUUAAGGAAAUGUGAGAAUAGUAAGCCAUUUCUUAAAUAAUAUUCAAUCUCAACAUUUCUGCAUUCUGCUCUUCAAAUGAUGAUGUGGAUCAAUGCAAUUUGAUGGUACGCCUACAGCACUCAAAA